UGACCGCAAUCUUUAGGUGUCGCAGGUAGCCGAGUGCUCAGGGACAUACUGGCACAUGCGGCCACCUGCCCCGCCCGACCUGGCUUGCACAGAAUGGGAGGGAAGCCCUCCACCAGCACUUGCCGGGAGUUGGGGGAGGGGAGAGAGAGAUGGAUCUCUGGGCCUCCGCCCAGACUUGGGUCCCCAGCUAUGGGUGGGUGACCAGAGGGGCUAGGGCAGGGUUCUGUAACUACCUUGGUAGGGACGGGCCUCCAGCCAGCCGUCAGCCCUAGGUGUCUAUCUUAACUGGGAGAUGCUUCUCUGGGUGGCCUUGGUCUUCCAGAGUAAGUUACAAAGCAGGCAUGCUUGAUAACCUGCAACCCUGCCUCAAACCUGGUGUGCCCAUGACGCCUUUCCUCCCUGGUCCUGUCCUCCCAGCUGGACCACAAUGGGCACUACUAAGUCACCUCCACCUCCCUGUCUCUUUUUCCUGUAGAACUGAGACCAUUCGGCUCUUCUGCAGUUUGUGUUGAAUGACCGCCUGCAACGUGAGGAAGGACACUCAACCUGCAAAUCCCAGUAGAGAAGAGUUACCUGGGUCAGGUGGAGGCAAGAUGGGCCCCAGGGGCAGGCAGAGCCCGUCGUCCCCGCUGGCCACCUCCCAGGGGUCUUGUUUCUUUAUCCUCUUCUGCUUACGCUUAGGUGCCCCCUGCCCACAGGCCUGCCAGUGCCCUGACCAUGCUGGGGCUGUGGCUGUCCAUUGCAGCUCAAGAGGCCUGCAGGAGAUCCCUAAGGACAUCCCAGCUGACACGGUGCUUCUGAAACUAGAUGCCAACAGAAUCUCCCGAGUCCCCAAUGGAGCCUUCCAGCACCUGCCCCAGCUGAGGGAGCUGGACCUAUCCCAUAAUGCCAUUGAGGCCAUUGGGCCUGCCGCCUUCUCAGGUCUGGCUGGGGGCCUGCGGCUUCUGGACCUGUCCCACAAUCGCAUCCGGAGAAUUCCAAAGGACGCCCUGGGCAAGCUGAGCGCCAAGAUCCGCCUGUCCCACAACCCGCUGCAUUGCGAGUGUGCCCUGCAGGAGGCCCUGUGGGAGCUGAAACUGGACCCGGACUCCGUGGAUGAAAUUGCUUGCCACACCUCGGCACAGGAGCAGUUCGUGGGCAAGCCGCUGAUCCAGGUCUUGGACUCAGGUGCCAGCUUCUGCAGUACCCACCGGAAGACCACCGACGUGGCCAUGCUGGUCACCAUGUUCGGCUGGUUCACCAUGGUGAUCGCCUACAUUGUGUACUAUGUGCGCCACAACCAGGAGGAUGCCAGAAGACACUUGGAGUACCUGAAGUCGCUGCCUAGUGCCCCAGUCACCAAGGAACCCCUCAGCCCUGUGCCCUAGUGCCUGCCUCCAGUGGGCUACGGAGCCUGGCUGCCCUGGUCUCUGCAGCAGGUGGAGGCGAUGGUGCUCUUGUGUCCCCAGGAAGGUGCAUGGCAGGUGCUUCUGCACGGCCCCAAAAAAAGCAUGUUCGUAGUUGGCAUUUGGUCGCUGCAGCCACUGCCUAACACAGUAGGGGGGGGUGUGUGCCUGUCUUAAUGGGCAGGUGAACUGAGGUUUAGAGAAAUUGAAUACCUUGCCAGGGCUGGGUUCAGCUGGCACUUAAGCCCAGGCUGCUUGCGGUAUAGGCCUGUGACCCCUCUGAGCUGCUGACCUUUCCCAUACGGUGCUGUGGGAAGUUAAUAUUUGUGCACG